AUGGUCGAUACGGGAGCCAGACAUUCAACCGUUAUAACAUUACCACCUGAAAGUUCCCUUACUGCAAAAGGCAUUUCACUUGUUGGAUUCCGGGGUGAAGAAACCAUCCUGCACAUGAGUACACCCGUACCUACUCAGUGUUUUACAGAAACUCUUUUACACUCGUUUGUGUAUGCGACCAAUUGCCCUGUCAACCUGUUGGGAAGGGAUCUUCUCAUCAAAACAGCUCCAACAAUACUGUGCAGCCCGGAUGGACUGAUAUUACAGUUUCCUGAUGGACACACCUACUGUUGCUCCGGUGACGACACAUCAAACAUCUACAUGCAGGACUCAGAGCGACAACUACCAAGCAUGACGUGUGCCACCGCCGACAUCUACUGGGCGAAAAUGGACACUGACUCACCCGGCUGGACGGAAGCAGAGACCUUUUGGACUCAAUGGUCGCCAUGGGUUCGUCACCUCAGACCCUAUGAUAUGGUUUCUGAUUGUAUGCAUUGCACUCUGUACUAUGACAGGACGGGAGAUGAGGUGUACAGCGAGGCUUUCCAAAAUGUAGAAGGCAACAUCUGGGAACUACAAAUGGGCGACCUGUUCGUGGGAAAACCAGGAAAUGACGCAGCGGAUAAAGCGGCGAAAGCAGCGGCUGGUUAUCUUCCCACCUUACAACUAGUUGUGGACAGGUCCUCAUGAAGUGACGGAGAGAACAUCGUCUGCUGUCCGCCUACAAGGAAAGGGGGAGACGUGG